CGUGUCUCCGAAGAAAGAAAGGAGGAAAACUAGUCGUCGCAAUCAAAAUCCGGCGAGCGAAAGGCAAAAGACAGUGUAGUCUUGGAAACGAAGCAUCCGAUUUGUUGUGCAUUUCGUGUGUUGUGUUUCCCUGUUUCGGCGAAUCGAACAUCAGAUUUCGUCUUCUCCUUCUCUCCUGUCUCUCUGUGCCAAUGGCGGCACUAUUGGCAUCGCUGGUAGCAGGGGGAGACGUAUCUAAGGCUCACUUGUUUAUGGUGAUGGUCCAGCUUUUCAGUGGAGGAUACCACGUCAUCACCAAAGUAGCCCUCAAUGUUGGAAUCGACCAAUUAGUGUUCUGCGUUUUCCGCGAUCUCAUUGCCCUCGCUAUUCUCGCUCCAAUCGCUUACAUCCGUGAAAAACGGACACGACCACCCAUGACUAAGCGCCUCCUGAUAUCAUUUUUCUUUCUCGGAUUGACAGGGAUUUUCGGCAACCACCUUUUGUUCCUUAUUGGUUUAAGCUAUACUAAUCCAACUUAUGCAGCUGCCAUUCAACCAGCCAUUCCAGUCUUCACUUUUCUUUUGGCUGUAAUGAUGGGUACAGAAAGGGUGAAUUUACUCAGAUAUGAAGGUCUGGCAAAGGUUGGAGGAACUCUUGUCUGUGUUUGUGGUGCCAUAUUUAUGGUUUUGUUCCGUGGUCCAGCAUUGAUAGGAUAUGCAGAUUCAGACAUUUUAGCACAUAGUGAAAUAACUGCAAGAGGUCAACCUGAGCCAUAUGGAUGGUUAAUUGGUGGUUUAAUGGAUCUUGGUUUGGACCAUUUCCAUCUUGGGGUUUUGUGCUUGAUAGGAAACUGCAUGUGCAUGGCCACUUUUCUGGCCAUUCAGGCUCCACUAUUGAAAAAGUAUCCCGCAAACCUAUCUGUCACAGCAUACUCAUACUUUUUUGGAGCUUUGCUAAUGGUGACAACAGCAUUCUUCAUGACCAAUGAGUCAACUGACUGGAGCUUGACACCAUCUGAAACGUUUGCUGUUAUUUAUGCUGGAACCAUUGCAUCUGCCCUUAACUAUGGACUCCUGACAUGGUGCAACAAGGUUUUGGGUCCGGCUAUGGUUGCCCUUUAUAACCCACUUCAACCUGCAGCAUCCGCCCUUCUGUCACGAAUUUUCCUUGGAAGUCCUAUUUUCUUGGGAAGUGUCCUCGGGGGAUCUUUGAUCAUUGCCGGUCUAUAUGCUGUCACUUGGGCAACUUACAGGGAAAGACAAGCAGCACUUGGAGUUGUUCCUCAGGGCUCUUGGGUCCCUGAACAAAUUAUUCAUACAGAUGGAUUAGUGAGCAAGAGUUCAUUUCAGUUAGGUCACAUUUUUUCCGGGUCACCCAAGUCUUCUGAUUAAGGAAAUGAGUUAUGAUAGUCUUUGUAGGGCCUUAUUACAAUUUUCCAUCCUGUUAAUGCUGUUGUCAUUUAAAUAGGAAAAGCCAUAUUGAUCUUGGCAUGUUUAGAUGUUGAUCGAGAGGACCAUGCUUGUGUUAUCACAUUUUAUGUAGCUGGUUCUUAUUCAAAAUAGAGUUGUCAAAAGGCAAUUUUUUGUACCA